CCACAUGUUGCCUGAACGGUCUAGAGCAAGGAGGGGCUUGAACUUGUGACAUGGCAGGAAAUGUCUUAACGCGCCAAAUCACACACUGCCUCCCUCUCUCCCCCCUCUUUUUCCCUCUCUCGCUCUCCUCUCACAGAUGAAGAGAGGUUCCUGGCUCUGGGAAAAGCAGACUUUGGAGGUGGACCAGCUAAGAAGUUUUCAACUUUUACCCUGAAACUUCUGUCCAGACUGAAGACAUCCCUCUGUGUGACUGCUAGCGUCUGGUAAAAGUUUGAAGAGGAUUCUUUUAGUCCAGCAAGAGUUGAUCUCCAAAGUCUCUCUCGAGUCACAACCCCGGUAAUCAGAAUGGAGCUUCAGAAGAUGAACGGACACAGCAGGGACGAUGGGUUUGAUGGUCUUGAAGCCAUGACUGAACAUGAAGAGUUUCUCCCCCAUAAAGCUGGAGUGAAGAAAGAAAUCCAAUUCACCGAUUUUGAGGGAAAGACUUCAUUCGGCAUGUCCAUCUUUAACCUCAGUAACGCCAUAAUGGGCAGUGGGAUUCUGGGAUUGGCUUAUGCAAUGUCCAACACUGGAAUCGUUCUUUUUAUAACCCUGUUGGUGUUCAUUGCCAUUCUGUCUGCAUAUUCAAUUCACCUGCUGCUGAAAAGCGCUGGAGUCGUUGGCAUCAGAGCUUAUGAGCAGCUUGGGAAUCGGGCGUUUGGGCCCCCAGGAAAAAUGUUGGCCGGCUGCAUCAUCACAGUACACAACAUCGGAGCGAUGUCCAGCUACCUCUUCAUCGUCAAGUCGGAGCUCCCGCUGGUUAUUCAAGCUUUCCUGAGUAAACAGGAAAACACAGGAGAGUGGUUCUUGAAUGGAAACUUCUUGAUCAUCAUUGUUAGUGCUUCUGUCAUCCUUCCUCUAGCACUCAUGAAACAACUUGGUUAUUUGGGCUAUACAAGUGGCUUCUCCCUCUCCUGCAUGGUGUUUUUCCUUAUUUCGGUCAUCUACAAGAAGUUCAACAUCCCGUGUCCGCUGGAGGAUAAACAAACCAACAUCUCGCAUGUCCUGGGUGACCACAGCUUCAUUAAUGGGACAGGCGACUUCUGUGAAGCAAAAUAUUUUACGAUCAACCCACAGACAGCAUACACCAUCCCUAUUCUGGCCUUUGCUUUUGUCUGCCACCCGGAGGUGCUGCCAAUCUACACAGAGCUACGAGAUGCCACCAAGAAACGUAUGCAGACUGUGGCUAACUUCUCCAUCCUGGCCAUGUUCGUCAUGUACCUGCUAACCGCUCUGUUUGGUUACCUCACUUUUUUUGGUGCUGUGGAGUCGGAGCUGUUGCACACCUACAAUCGAGCGGGUGCCCUGGACGUCCACGUUCUCUGUGUCCGCCUGGCUGUUCUGGUGGCUGUGACGCUGACUGUCCCGGUGGUUCUGUUCCCAAUCCGUAGGGCCUUGCUCCAGAUCUUUUUCCCCAACAAACCGUUCCACUGGGCCAUUCACAUCGGCAUCGCGUUAGGUCUCAUCUUCAUAGUCAACCUCCUUGUCAUCUUCGUGCCCUCCAUCCGGGACAUCUUUGGCAUCAUUGGAGCCACAUCUGCCCCCAGUCUCAUCUUCAUCCUACCUGGAAUCUUCUACGUCCGGAUCAUUCCUGAAGAGCAGGAGCCUUUACUGUCCAGACCUAAGAUUCAGGCCGCAUUAUUUGCCGCUCUGGGAUUCAUCUUCAUGGUCAUGAGUUUGUCGUUUAUCAUCAUUGACUGGGUAACCGGAGAGUCUAGAAGCGGAGGUGGACACUAGCAGCCGUGACUGAACAGAUAAACUACAAACAGAAUGCCAACGAAAGCUCCCUCCCCGUCUUUUAAAAAAAUAAAAAUACUCCCUGAUCUGCUGAGCUCUCAUCCAAAGCCGAACAACAAAGUCUGGCUGCAUGAUAUGAAGGACAUGUGAAGGACCCUUCGCCUAGAACAAUAACAAAGAAAGCAUUUCGACAUGUUUCAGGGCAGAGAAAGAAAAAAAAACGGCCCUGCAAAGGAGGAGAGAACACAGAAGCAGUGUGUUCUGACUGAAUUAAACCCAUGUAGUGACUUGCAAUGAGGACGUUAUUUGGAGGCCUGUGUAGAAAUGCAAAAAGGCAUGAAUGAGAAGAGCAUGACUCAAAUGGAAAUCCCAUUUUAGAGUGUUGAUGUGCACAGUUCCCUGGAAUAGCUCAGUCACUGCCAAAAUCUUUCUAAUCUUACUUCCCUUCAUUUUAGAUGUACAGGACCGGAAUGAUAUGGGUUUUUUUUUUUUUACAAUCAAUACACAUCAUCAGCUGCUGUGUCAUGUCAUGGUCUCCUUGUCCACAUUUCCCCAACAAAUUAACAGUAAGGAUUAGUCUGCAGUUUCACACUAACCAUUACAAACUACUAAAUUCCAAUCCCUUUUACACAGUGAAAUGAUAAUGUGAUAUUUUUUUUUUGUGUUAAUCUAUUAACUUAAUUUAAGGUGAUCAUCUUUGAAUUUGAAUCUGAUGUGACCUUUUUCUGUGAAGACAAUGGUGCAAUGUGUGGGUGUUCAGCUGCUAUCAGAGAAGGUCAAACACUUACUGGCAAUCAAAUGUGAGUGAACAGACACCAAGUCGUUUGUACAAUUAUUUUUUUAAAGUUUAUUCCGAGUGGCGAAACCAAAGAAGUUAACUUUUGUGUGACAUAAAAAACGGUGCAACACUUUUUUUUAAUGUAUUCAGCAAAGGCCAAAAAAAUGCAGUGUUAAAACAAAAGACGUGUCUGUUUAGGCCAUCCAUCAAAAUCAGUAUGGUGAGUAAUAACAUGUGGUUUUUAACUUAAAAUGAAUGGAGCCUGUUUUCUUUUUUAUUUGACUAAAAUAUUUAGAUUUUCUUAUUCAUCCUGUACAUUUUUAAAUUAAUUUGAAUGUUGUUACCUGUUAAUAAAAUAUGUCUCUCGUUU